UAUCGUACCAAGUCACAAGACUUCUAGCAGCCUUUCGUUCACGAAGCGUUUUGCAUUAGCCUCUUGCUGAAGCCUUUACGACUACCAACAUGAUGAAAUCUGUCGGUUUUGUCCUUCUUCUCAUCGCAACCUUUGCCUACUCCAGUGUUGAAAAUACCAUUGGGUGCAAAGAGGCCAUAGUCACCAUGUUGAAGAACGCAGACCUGAAAACUGCCCAGCUCACCUGCAAGGCGGAUCCACUGGGACUUGCAGCCUUGACUGCCCUCAAAGGUAAUCCUGACUGCAAAGACUACCACCUCACUAACGGCAAACGCCAGUGCGAAGUUCUCGCAGCUCCCUUCAUGAAAUGUGUAGCGGGAAAACUUGGUUAUUUGAGGGCAAAUGGUACCAUCGCCAACAAUUUGAUCUUAGCCCUGUACAAGGCUAGCGCCACCAGCAGGCCUGCCUGCGACGUUUCUCGGUUCAACUUCGGUGUGAAAAAAUGCGGCACUGAAAUCGACAACUACGCAUUCCUAAAGAAGGCCGUAUGCAUCGGCGAGACGGCAGACCAUGCACAACCGAGUGGAAUGAACAGCGUUCCAGGUUGCCGCUUUUGUCCAGGACAAUAGAAGGUGGACAAUAAUAAUUAGGUUGAAAAAGUUUCUGUACACUUCAACGAUGGAAAUUUUAGACAGCUUGGGCGAAAUAAUUUACAAUACAUUAUCUGCAUGAA